AUGAAAACUUGCACCGCAAAGGAAGUAAUGGCUUACAAAUCGCUGUCAGAAUUUUCCUUGGAGGAUAAUUCGUUGUUUAAUCACGUGGAUACAAAAACUAACAUUUUUCAAAAACUGGAACCAGUAGAGCAGACCUUCUAUGAACCCGAAAUAUUAAUUAUGUCAACUGAUUCAAAGAUCCAAUUAUUAAAAAUUAAUAAAAAUAAUUUGCCAUCAGAGAUUAGUGAAGAAGCUCAUUUUCUACCAUCGAAAACAUGUGGAAAGUCUGAAAUAACAUUAUUACCAAUAAAACAAGAGCAAAAAUCUUGUGGGCAUUAUGAACCAUGUGAAAAUAUUAUUUGUGACGUUAAUGUUCAGCACUAUGUCGAUCAGCUAGGAUCAUCACCAAUGUUGGCUGUAAAUAUUGAUGACUCAGAAAUAAAUGCAAAAGUUUCGAAGCACUGUAAAAAUUCAAGGUGUGACGCUUUAAGUAUUGAGCAUAAUCGUUGCAGAAGAGCAAUAAUUCGUCUUAAUCGAUGUGAUAAAUCUAACGCAUGUGAUAUUUGUGGAGUAGUACUAAAAACUCGUAAGUCUCGAAUACAUCAUGGAAAUUGUAGGCGAAAAAACGAGUAUAGGCAUAAUCCAGUUGAUGGAGCACAAAUAUUACGAGAAAAAAUGCGAGAACGAGAGUUACAAAUAAUGGAAGCAGUUAGAGCUAGAAAAAAUGACUACAGUGAUCCGAUUACAUGUUACAAUAAAGCUAUAGAAAUGUUAAAAAAUAAUUCUGAACUCAUUGUUAUCCCUAAAAUGAUGACACCAUCACAACCACCAAUUGUAAAUCAAAAAGAUAAUAUGAAUGAGACUAAAACUCUAACAAUCAAUGGAGUUUCACAAAGUUUUGAUCAAUUGUUGAAAAACAUACCCAACAUAACGAUCAAGAAUUUACAUUCGCAACAAAAUGUUCCUAAUAAUAAAUUAAAUUCUAGCGAAAAGAACGAGACUCUUUCCAAUUAUAAUAAAGUUGAUUCGACAAACAAUGUCACAGCAGGAGAUAAUAAGUUUAUAAUAACUACAAUAUCUCAACCAACGGUGCCUCAUUCUUUUGUAAUAAAUGAUAGGAUUUUGACGCAACUCAAAUCAAACAUGGAAACAAACGUGCAAAACCCUUAUAUUAUGCCAGUUAGAGUACUUCCCAUCACUAAUCUUAAGUCUGAGCCUUCUUUGCUUCAUCAAAUUCAGGGUAUUCCAAAGUUUUGUAUCAUUGCAGAUAAUCCUACACCAUCUGGAACAUUGAUUAAAAUUCCGCCGAUUACUAAUACUCAAUCAUCACCUUCGUCAAAAUCAAAAUUAUCACACAAACCUUCGAUAUUAUUAAAAUCUAGGUCUAAUAAUAUUCCAAUCAAACCGAAACCAACGAAUCCAGGAUUCACAGUAAUUAAUUCUUUUCAGCCUUUUAAACAUGAAAUUAUUAACCGAAGAAAAAGGAUUGAGCAAAAGCCGUUCAAGUGUGAAUAUUGCUCCAAAAGAUUUCUUACUGACUGGUAUUUUAGAUUGCAUAUUAUCAAGCAUAAAGGGGGAAUGGUCUUAAAAUGUAGUGAAUGUGAUCUGUCUUUUAGUAACACUGAAGAUCUAAACAAACAUGUUAGUGAUGGACAUAAUGCUGAUGCUGCCGAAAUUUCGUGUAGAAAUUCGGACAGUGAUGUUGAAAAAGAAAAGGAUGAUGAUAAAUGUAUUUCUUGUGAGGAUUGUGGAAAGAUAUUCGAUUCUGAUACUGAAAUAGACCAACACGAGUGUAUAAAUAUAAAUGAUUUAGUUAGUACACAAACAAAUUUACUAAUAAGUAGCGAAAACUGA